CCAGCCACACAGCACAGUCGCGCUCACUCCCACCGGCGCGCACUCUCCCGCGGUCCCUCGCCGGGUCCCCGGGUCAUCGGGCCCUGGAAUCCACCGGCGCCGACUGACUCCUUCGCCAACCCCGGGAGCCCGUGCACCGAGCGCGCCGCGCCCGCCCCCCUCGCGCCCCCCACGCGCUCCCGGCUGAGGGGGAAAAGCUCCUCCGCGUGCCCGCAAGGGGCUAUGCCAUUUGGACAUGUAAUUGUCUGCGCGGGAUCUGAGACUUGCCCAAAAUGAAGCUGGCGACGGGACUGUGGGUCUGGGGGAGCCUUCUGGUGGCAACGGGGACCGUCCAGCCCAGCGCUUCGCAGUCAGUGUGCGCAGGAACAGAGAAUAAACUGAGCUCUCUCUCUGACCUGGAACAGCAGUACCGAGCCUUGCGCAAAUACUAUGAAAACUGUGAGGUAGUCAUGGGCAACCUGGAGAUCACCAGCAUCGAGCACAACCGGGACCUCUCCUUCCUGCGGUCUAUCCGAGAAGUCACAGGCUACGUCCUGGUGGCCCUCAACCAGUUUCGAUAUCUUCCUCUGGAGAAUUUACGCAUAAUUCGUGGAACAAAGCUGUAUGAAGAUCGCUACGCCUUAGCGAUAUUCCUAAACUACAGAAAAGAUGGCAACUUUGGACUUCAAGAACUUGGAUUGAAGAACCUGACCGAGGAUCACCGAGUUUAG